GAGUAUUUUUCUCAUUUAAUCGCCACGGGUCUUCAUAGAGGUGUAUAAAAGAGUUGAAAGUCAAAAACUUUGUUUCAUUUCACAACGCCUUGAACGCAUGGAACGUUCUUUUGUUAUUUAAUGAAAAAUAAAUAGCAAAAAACUCAUUCUAAAUUCAAACAAAAUCAUCAAACAGAUUUAUAAAAUCAAAUUUAAUAUUAAAGAAGAAAAAAUAUUUUUUCAAAAUUCUAAUUCGAUUUGAAUUUUUCUUUUUUGCAACCUGCCGCAAUGUUGGGAAUAUUGCUGUUAUUGGUGCUUUUGAUAAUCGUGUGUGCGGUCGGUGCGGUAUGGGCCUGGGAACGCAUGCUAUUGGUGCAUCGCACUGCGCAUGUGCCGACAUUACCUGAAGUCCUGCCUGUGAUUGGACACGCUCACAAACUGCGCGGAGACCAAACUCAGAUUUGGGAAUACUUGAAGGAGAUAAGUCUAAUAACGAAUAAGAAUGGCGGAUUAUCAAAAUUAUACUUAGGCCCUACUCCUUGUAUACUGGUGACUGACCCGGAGCUGGCGCUGCCGCUGAUGAACGCGUCUCUGGACAAGUUCUACGUGUACAACUUCGGAUCCUCGUGGCUGGGGGAGGGGCUCAUUACUGGGAGUGGUCCGACCUGGAAGCGGCACCGCAAGCUACUCAUGCCGGCCUUCAACCAGCACAUCCUCAACGGGUUCCUGGACAUCUUCAACCACCAGUCCUCGAUGCUGGUGAAGGCCCUGAGCCCUCAGGUGGGCAAGGGAGAGUUCGAGCACUGGCCCUACUUGUCUGUCAAUGCUCUGGAGACUAUUUGCCAGACAGCUCUAGGCCUACCUGACACUGAAGACGAAUCUUUGAUCAACGAGAAAUACAGCGAUGCCAUGGAAAACUUCUUGGACAACGUAGUGCACCGCAUCAUGACGAUAUGGCUACAUCUGGAGUUUGUCUACAAGUGGAGCCCGACUAAAGAUAGCGAGAUGAAGAAUGUAGCUGUGCUGAAGUCUUUGUCGACGAAGGUCCUUAACAAACGCAAGGACCAGACCAACGAUGCUGAUGUAUCAGACACAAAGUUCAAAGCCUUCCUGGAGAUCCUGUUGGAGCAGGGCAAGAGCGGCAAUCUCUCCGACCAGGAGAUCAGAGAGGAGGUGGACACCAUCAUAGCGGCCGGCCACGACACCUCCUCCACGGCGCUCCUGUAUACUCUGAUAUUGCUAGGAUCUCACCCUGAAGCACAGGAGAGGGCUUAUGAAGAAAUCAAAGAGGUAUUCGGCGACUCCGACCGAGAUGUCCAGAAAGAGGACUUACCGAAGCUCAUCUACUUGGAGGCUGUCAUCAAGGAGUCUUUGAGACUGUACCCCACAGUGCCUUUAGUGGCCAGAGAAGUGGACACUGAUGUUAAUGUUGAGAACCUAAAUCUACCGAAGGGGUCCACAAUAGUCCUCUCCAUCUGGGGCAUGCAGCGCGGCGCGGCGUGGGGCGCGGCGGCCGGCGACUACCGGCCCGCGCGCUGGCUGGACCCCGCCGCGCUGCCAGAGAACCCCAACGCCUUCGCCGCCUUCAGCAUCGGGAAGCGGUCUUGUAUAGGUAAAACCUACGCCAUGAUGUCGAUGAAGACAACCCUGGUCCACCUGCUGCGGCGGUACCGCAUCCGGGCUGACCACACCAAGCUGGUCUGCAAGUUCGGCUUCGUACUGAAACCUGUUGCCGGCCACAGCAUCUCUAUUGAACUGAGAUAGGUUAGGGUUCUAUGUAUAUCCUUCAUAUCCAAAGCCAUUGGUCAGAAACUCUUGCAUGUGUACGCCUUCGAUAGACCGAUAUACCCAUUAACUUAUAAAGGGUGUUGCAUAAAGUAUAAAGGGUAUAAGUACUACGUGUGCAGCAUCUUAUGUGUAUCUAAGCCCAGAAAUGAAAUCAGAAUGUCAAAAUCGCGACAAAAAAUAUUUAUUAUCCAUAGAAACUUUGUAGCUCACGUGACUUUUAGCUAUGGAGUUUUUUUCAACACCCUGUAUAGGAACUAUUGCGCUCAGGUAAAACCUACGCCAUGAUGUCUAUGAAGACAACCCUUGUCCACCAGCUGGUCUGCAAGUUCGGCUUCGUACUGAAACCUGUUGCCGGCCGCAGCAUCUCUAUUGAACUGAGAUAGGUUAGGGUUCUACAGGGUGUUGCUAAAAGGGUGACUCAGGGGGUCAUUUUGAACAAAAUUUGUUCUACAAGUUUUAUACCCUUUUUUGCAACACGCUGCCGCUGUAUAUCCUUCAUAUCCAAGGACCUUGGUCAGAAAAUCGCGUUUUCAUGCGUACGAGUAUGCC